GCAGCGGAAGGGCUGGACUUCCGAGCAGCCGCGGCGGGGUGACCCGGCUCCCGCGGGCACCUGCGGGCACAGCGGCCAUGGGCGCUCACCUGGCUCGGCGCUACGCGGGCGACCCCUGCGCGGAGCCCGACCCGCUGCGGAUGCCCACCUUCCCGCCGGACUACGGCUUCCCCGAGCGCAGGGAGCGCGAGAUGGUGGCCACGCAGCAGCAGAUGAGCGACGCGCAGCUGACGCUGGAGCAGCGGGACUACUGCGCGCACUACCUCAUCCGGCUGCUCAAGUGCAAGCGGGACUCUUUCCCCAACUUCCUGGCCUGCAAGCACGAGCAACAUGACUGGGACUACUGCGAGCACCUCGACUACGUGAAGCGCAUGAAGGAGUUCGAGCGCGAGCGGCGGCUGCUCCAGCGGAAGAAGCGGCGGGAGCAGCGGGAGGCGGCGGUGGCCAGCGGCCAGGGCUCCGGGGAGCUGGGCCCCGAGGUGGCCCUGUAGCCGCACCCUGGCCGCCCACCUUCCU